AACGUUAAUCAGAAAACCACUUUUAACUCCCUUGUUAUUGAACGACGUCAUAAUGCCAUCUUUAUUGGAGUACUCAGAAGACAAUUUUAUAUUUGAAACUUGUUGGAGUGAUUUCUCUCAUGUAAACUCAACAUUUGAUAAAGCAUUGAUUACUAAAUGGACAGCGUUACAAGAUGAAAACAAAUACUUUAAAUAUAAGUUACAUAUCAAUGAUUCAAAAAUAUUACCAGGAAAGUUUAAGUAUUUAGCACAGCUGAAUGUGGCAAGAGGAACACAAAGACGCAAACCAAUAAAUGUCCAAACCAUGAAACAAAUGUUUGAUCCAACAAUAUUCAAUUUUACUAAAAUGGAUGAAGGUGAAAUUUUGUUUCAAGUUUGGAACAUUCAUCGAAAAGAUAAAAAUAAUUACCUAGCGAUAAAUGUGAGUCCAAUAGGUUUUGGCCAUUCUCUGUUGGUCCCAUCAUUGUAUGAUUGCCUACCGCAAGUCAUGACUGAAAAUAGUUUCUUAACUGCUAUUGAGCUUUUUCUGCUCAGCAAAUCACCAGCGUUGAGAAUGGGGUUCAACGGAUUGUGUGCCAAUGCCUCUGUCAACCAUCUUCAUUAUCAUCUCUAUUAUUUGGAGGAGAAAAUGAUGCUAGAAACAAUUAAUGUGGAGCAAUUGGCUGGCCCUUGUCACAUGUUACUGUCGUUCCCGAGCAAAGGAUUUGCAUUCCAGCUGAGCAAAGGGCAAAAUAUUCCUAUAUUUGUAAGGGAUGUCUACAAACUUGUGAACUUGCUUCAAGAAAGUGAAGUACCACACAAUGUUACUGUGACCAGAGGUUCAGGGUUCCAAGAACAGAACCCAGGAGAGUCAAGGAACCACGUCAGAGUGUAUGUGUGGGCUCGCAAACCUACGGGACCUGAUAGAGAUAUUUUCAAAUUCGUUGGUCCAGCUUUGUGUGAAUUGUUUGGGCACUUGAUGAUCAAAACUCAAGAAAAGUUUGAUUCGGUGACUGAAGACUAUGUCAAUGAUGUGCUCACUGACCAAACAGAAGACACGUUUCGGUCUGUAUUGGAAAAAGUCAAGCAUCUUUAUGAAGAAUAAAAAGUUAAAAACGGAAUAAAACUA